AUGGCGCCUGAGAGAAUUGAGAUUUCAGAUGAAGAUGAUCAAAGCAGUGAUGCAAGUUACGAAAUUCAAGCUAAAAAUGACUGUCUACUCGGUUCUCAAAAGUGUUUGUUCUUUGACCUGAAUGAGGAAGCAAGUACUGGUGAUGAUGAUCAGGAUAUUUCAUCCAACGAAGGCAGCCAAGCCGUCGGUAGCAGAACAUCUCCAGAAGGUAAUUUAAGUUGUAAUAACACAAGUGUUGAAGGAAAAGAACGGACAAUUGCAGUAAGGCAAUAUGUUCGAUCCAAGAUGCCGAGGCUUCGUUGGACUCCUGAUCUCCAUCUAGCAUUUGUUCAUGCUGUUGAGAGGCUCGGCGGACAAGAAAGAGCAACUCCAAAAUUAGUUCUUCAAUUGAUGAAUGUGAGAGGACUUAGCAUUGCCCACGUAAAGAGUCACUUGCAGAUGUAUCGAAGUAAGAAGCUGGACGAGUCAGGCCAAGUUAUCUCUCAAUCAAGUAGAGGAAUGCAAGUAAAAGAUCACAUACUGGAAGCCUACCGCAAAUUCAAUCCUUAUAGGCACUUAAGACAUGUUGAUGACAGCGGAAGCCAUUUUUCUUCUCCACCGGUAUUGAAACAGCAGCAAUAUGAUGAUUUCAACGCAAACUCUUCAAGGGAGAAAUGUUGCCUUGCUAGACAUAAGGAUCACAUGUUAAGUUGCGAAACUGUUAAACUGGACUAUUGUCGGACGUCGAUUUCAUUGUGGAGAGUAAAUUCCAGGAUAGACAACCAUGGGAGCAAUAUAAAAAGCUCAAACAUUUUUCAUGCAAGGGAAGCAAUAACAAGAGAUGGGCCUUUUAGACCCAGCCGAUUUCUUGAAGAGAAGAGAUGGCCUCCUUGUGAAUUGAUUGGAAACCACAUGAAGGGUAGGAGACAUUUCCUAAACUUUACUUGGGGUGAUAUCAAUAAUGUUCCACAACCUAAUAACUUAGUAUGGAGCGCCAAGGCAAGUACCAUUAACCAACAUCAACCCAAUACAUGCAGUCCAAAGUUCAUCUCUAGUUGCUAUGAACCCUUAUCUAAGCUUGAGGUUCAAAAACUUCAAUGCAUAAAUGGAGAAAUGUUUCAACCAAAAGUUGGCCCCAACAUGAAGAUGUUACAUAAGACAUGGGUACCCAAUUUACAGUUAAGUUUAAGUCACGAUUUUAGCAAUGGCAGCGUGGUAAAUGAUAGCCAAGAAAGGAGGAAAGAUUUCGAAUCAAUGCUUUCUCUUUCGUUGUCCUCCUCUUCAGUCGGGCAACAAGAACAAUCCUCUGCGCCUACAAGACAAGGAGGAAGAAGUAGUCGUCAAGCUUCGGACACUGGUGUGGUGCCUGCCGAAGGCUCUCCAAUGCUUAAAUCAGCUAUAUGUGGUAAUUUUGGCAGAGUAACAGUAAAGUCCCCCAAAGUUCGUGGUCAAGAAGUAACUCCUGGGUUGGGAACUUAUGAGAUAUCUUCUAUAAUCAUGACCGAGCAGUUUGGACCUGGUAGGAGCCUUAAGGCAUUCCCUAAGUUCUUGAGGCCUUUAGGCCUUUGGCAAGGGAAGAAUUGGGGUGAGCCCUUUCUUGCUUCAGCACAGACCUUGCCGUUCGGCAAGGCUGUGUCGAUACUUGGGUUUGGCAUGGGCACGACACUUGCUGUUCGGGCUUUGGAAGAAAAGGUGCAAGUCUUCCUUAACAUAACACUUGCCGUUUGGCAAGGCUUCAGCGCCGAAUCUUUAGAAAGUAUUGGUUGGUGUCCUCUUGCCGAGGAAGAAUACACUUACAGAAGUAAAACUGGCGGAGAUUGGGUCAGAUUACAGUGUUCCACCUUCGGUGGGUUUGAGACUACUGACUGUGGCAAAUGUGAUGAUGUUGGCCAAACUGGGCCAACGUUUGAGCAGUUCAUGUAUCUGUAUUCAAUUUCUAGGCAACAAGGAAACUUUGGCUGUGUAAAUAUUGGAGGAACAUGUGGUGUCUGGGAGUGUCCAUCAGGGAAGACAGUCACCAAACACGUUCCUAGCCAUUUCCAGUUUAUAAGUUCGGUGAAGUGGGGGCCCAUUUCAAAGGAGAAGGAAGACGAAGUGAGGAAGGUGAGAUUGUUGCUAUCGGAGACUAAGCGGGAGUAUCGAAACUUAGUCACACCGAAGAAUCUGCUAGAGUUCGUACUCUUGCAAGGGAGUGUUGUAAAAGGAUCGAUGAAGGUGGUCGUGCACAUUGAUGAUGCCGAAAAGCAGAGGCGGUUGAAGGCGUCUCGGGCGAAAAAGUCUGAGAGGGAGAAUGAUGAUGAGGGGCUUGUCGCCGAAGCCUUUGUAGGGGAAGAGGAAGGCUUUGGAGGAAGCCACCAUAGUGUGAUAGGGACAGAACCGAAGCUUCCAACCUUUGAUCUGCGGGCACCGCCGAAGCUUCCCUUUGGUAUGGAGGAGGUUUUUGCUGAGGGGAUGUUGGUGGUUGACUUGGGCUGGCUGCGUCAACAGAAGAAGGAGGUGAGCCUGGCCAUGCACCGGCAUGAGAUGCCUUUAGUCAACGUCUUUUUGGAAGGCAUUAAGAGUGACCUCGAGGUCUUGGCGAGGACGCAGACCUCCUCCUUUGCAGAGCGAGCACAGAAGACGAUCAUCACGUCUGCCUAUGCCUUUGACGAGAUGUAUGUCAAUCUGGCUAAGGUAGAUAAAGAGAUCUAG